AGAUGCCAUCGCCAUCUUCAGCUCUUGAGUCUCCCAACCUCUCACCGUAUUAAAAAGCUCAGGGCUGGUGCUUGGCUUGGUGGUUUUGCGAUCUUCACUAUGGCAACCUCUGCUGGCAAGCUCCGAACUCUCUACUCCGCCCAUUCUUCUCUUUCCAGUCUUCCCCCUUCGGCCCGACCUACUCUCCAAUUAGCUACGCUGAGAUCCUAUGCAACGACUACCCCUCAUGACUCCCCCAUAGGCAAUACCUCCAAUACUCCCCCCACAGUCAAACGCCCAGCCACAGCUUUCAAAGACAAGCUAAAUGCCGGACCAGCAUUCUCCGACUUUGUCUCCGGCAAGAAGGACGAACCUCUUGACCCCGCCGAAGCAUAUGCCCUGAAAACAGCCCUGGUAGGACCUCCCGGCCGUAAAAAGGAAAUAACCCGUCUCCCCCCCUGGCUCAAGACAGCCAUUCCGGACUCCUCGAACUACAAACGCAUCAAGAAUGACCUCCGCGGCCUAAACCUGCACACCGUCUGCGAGGAAGCCCGCUGCCCCAACAUCGCCGAUUGCUGGGGCGGCAGCUCCAAGUCUGCGGCGACAGCUACAAUAAUGCUUAUGGGCGACACCUGCACGCGCGGCUGUCGCUUCUGCAGUGUGAAAACAUCCAACAAGCCUCCUCCGCUCGACCCGCACGAGCCAGACAACACAGCUGAGGCGCUCUCGCGGUGGGGCCUGGGAUACGUCGUGCUGACUUCUGUCGAUCGGGAUGAUCUCGCAGACGGCGGCGCGAGGCACUUUGCAGAGACAGUUAUGAAGAUCAAGCAGAAGGCGCCGAAUAUCCUCGUCGAGUGCCUGACGGGUGAUUACGCGGGGGAUCUCGAUAUGGUGGCCCUCGUGGCCAAUUCGGGGUUGGACGUGUUCGCGCAUAACGUCGAGACGGUCGAGGCGCUGACCCCUUUCGUGCGUGAUCGUCGGGCGUCGUUCCAGCAGAGCCUACGUGUGCUGAAGGCUGCUAAAGCGGCAAAGCCGGAACUUAUUACGAAGACGUCGCUUAUGCUAGGGCUGGGGGAGACGGAGGCACAGUUGUGGGAUGCUCUGCGGGCAUUGAGGGCUAUUAACGUUGAUGUUGUCACCUUUGGACAGUACAUGAGGCCGACGAAGAGGCACAUGGCCGUACAUGAAUAUGUAAGACCUGAUGUGUUUGAUCUGUGGAAGGAGCGUGCACUGGAGAUGGGUUUCUUGUAUUGUGCUUCAGGCCCACUAGUAAGGAGUAGUUAUAAGGCUGGCGAAGCAUUUAUUGAGAAUGUGUUGAAGAAAAGGAGGGGGGAAAAUGCUGGAAGUGUGAAUGAGAAGGUGACCACGAGUGAAAAUGUCAAAAAGUUGGUAGCGGGUGAGGCUAUGAUGUGAUUUAUGUUUCCUCUCAUCUUCAUUGAUGAGGCGAUAUUUGCGAUACAUUUUGUAAAGACCUAGCUGGGGCUUUUCAACACGUUACACCUGUAUACAUAUUUUCCCCCCGUUCAUCUUUUUUUCUUUUUUGGUCUUCGGCGUUUAGGGAUUGCCCCCUGAUUCCAUUAUUUGGGCCCCAACAGUCCUUUCCCAUGUUUUCGUUUAGACGUAUACAUGCCUUGAAAAGGGCUAGGGGGAUUCGACAAAUCUCAGAUAAAAGCCUAUUUCGUUCUCU